UCCUUCACGCAAGUCCUUUCACUUUCCAUUUCUUGAGAACCGAGAAUAAUCGCUCUCAGAUUUGCAAGCAACAGUUCGUCAUUUUGCUCUUAUAACAUAUCUCGUUUCAUAUUUGAAUCUAGGACAAACGCACACAAACGAAAGAUAAAUAACAAGGAUGGCGAAGGAGGGUGGAACGGUCCGAGUGUGUGGGUUACCCCUAGAUAUCAAUAAAAACAGACUGAUCGACAAGCUCCACAUUCAUUUCCUGCGGAAGAGGAAUGGAGGAGGGGACAUUUCAUCGGUCACGGUCUCCAAGACAACGCCUGGCUCUGCCUUCAUUACCUUUGAGGACAGCGAAGUGGCUCGGAGAGUGGUUGAACAUCAGAAUCACACAUUAUCAGUGAAUGGCAAGCAAUAUGAGCUAAGUGUGAGUUUGCACAGCAAAGACGUUGAUCCAGAUGAGCUCUUUGUGGACACAGCUGUGACAGUGGACUACAGCAAAUUGAAUGGGGGGAAAACAUCGAUAUCUAACAUCCUCAAAAAUGCCUGUGACAUAAAAUGCACCUUUCACGUUCAGGCUGACCUCUGCACUUUCAAAGGUCGCUACACAGAAGUCCAAAUCCUGACCAAGUGUCUGCUGAGACUUUUCAAUUCACAGACCUCAAAAGAUGUCCAUUCCCUUAAAGCUGAGGCCACCGAGGAUGACAAAAGAUACAACUCUGCUCAAGGACGAACAGAAAGACAGGAGGACACUGAGACCGCAGGACAGGCCAACGGACUGGAUCUGGGGAACGGUUCCAGUAGAGCCUCUGAGAGUAAUCGUGCCCUUCUUCAAGAAUCUUACACCAAUGAUAGAAAGGAGGCGGAUGCAUUGUACACAUCAUACACCAAUCAUAGAGAGGAAGCGGGGGCAUUGCAUACAUCUUACACCAAUGACAUAGAGGAUGCAGUGGCAUUAGAGAAGGGAACCUCAAUGGAGGACUUCUCAAUGGUCAUAGACUCAGACAUCUUCCGAUACCUCCGAAAGUACUGCUCGGCUGAGUACCAGAACAUCCUCGACAGGCAUGGAGUAGAGAUACUGGAUGUCACCACCAGAGAUAUCACCACCCUCUACCUGCAGCUUAAGGCUGGGGCCACUGGGCGAGGUGUGGAGCAUCUAAGGCUUGCGCAUGGGGAGUUGGCCUGGCUGUACCAAGACAAAGAGGCCCAACUUCGCAAGGAGCAGUUGGCUAAGGAAAGCUUCCCCAGGUUGGGGCUCCAGCAGGCUUUUAAAACCUUAACGCAGAGAUUCACAAAGCUGCUGAUCAAUGAAGACAAGUCCAAUGUCUAUCUGGUGGGCAGUGGAAGUGACGUGUCGGAGGCCAAGCAGUUCCUAUUGGAAAUGCAAGGGACAACAAAGGAGCACGGUCAAGAGUUACUUCACUCCUCAGGAGAUGCGUCUCUACCCUUUGUCCCUGACACCAAGCUUAGAAAAGAAAGGGCUGUGAGGAGCAAAGAAUUCAAAAUGGCUGCCACAUUUGGGAGAACUAUGGGUUCUGAGAAACCUAAAGAUGAUGAGAAUUGGUCCAGCUUGAGUGACGUAAAGGCUCCUGAGGAUCACCAGAUAAAUAGUUUCUCGUCCACAAAACUCAGAAUGAAUGACCAGAAAUUAGGUAGUGGACCAAUUUCAGGGAUUACGAGUCAGAAGGUUGAAAUGUCAAGUUCUGGUCCAAGGGAUCUCCAGGAAGACAACCUCUUCAAAAGGUAUGAACCAUUGUCCACUGCUUCCUUGUCUGUUAACCCCCCUCUGAACUUGGCACAAAACAAUGAAACCAGACCCACAAAAGCAGCAAACUUUAGUGAAUUCCAGGGCUACUCAAUGGAUGAUAUGGACAUGUCUGUGGAUAGGGCGGUUCCAACUGGCAUAGUCCAACAAUCCAAGUCAAUUUCCACUCUGAGACGGUCCAACAGUUUCUCAGGGCAGGUUAGGACCAAACAAGUCAGAAAGGACAGCAGCUCAGCUGUAGACCUGUUUGGAAAGACCAAAGGAGGCGAAACUACUAGUCACCCAGAGACUAGGCAAGUCUUCAGUGUAGAGCUGGUGGUGCCCACAACUCAAUGGUUAUACACAAAGGAUGUUUUCCACAUACUGCUAGAGGAAGUAACCUCUGACCUGCAGAUGAAGGAGAAAAAAACAUUAAAUGAGGUCGUCCUCCAUCUGAGAGGGAAAGAUCCAGCCAACGUCAGGGUGUGUCAGCAGGUGCUGAAAAAGCUGAUUGACAAGGUGGCCGAGGACUUCUCCACCCAUGAGCUGUUGUUAACACAGCUGGGUGUGUCAGACUCGAAGAAUGAGACAGUUGAGGUGUUAUGCACCACUGUGAGAGAGACAUGGGAGAAAGUGAAAAUCAUUCUAAUGCCAAAUACUAAGAGCAUUUUAAUCUUUGGUCCAAAACUGGAUUGUUUGGAGGUGAUGUCAUUUCUAAAAGAGGUGCUUCACUUUGGAACAGAGGGGGAACAGACCAUGAAAGAGAGACCCAUUGAUCUUAAGAAACCAUCUUCUGAUUCUCCAUCCAACCCUGACAUAAACUCCUCAGCAGCACAUCAGAGCUCUGCCAGUAGUGACAAACAAGACCAGGAGACCACCCCUGCAACCGACAUUGUUUCAUCAGGGAGCUUGGAGGGAGUGAGCCAAUCAGGUGUGAAGAAAGUGCCUGUUUUGAAGCUUCGGUUAGGAGUAGCUGGUCCCGUAGAUGAAAAGAGUUUCAGGACAAUCAGUGCUCCCUAUAAAGCAGAGGGGUCACUAAGAGUGACAGAAGGAAAUGAUGCAGCACCAUUACCAGAGCACAGUGCUCAGAGGUUGACAGGGCCAAAGCCUGAGAAAAGCCAGAUACCUAACAGUAGGGGACUGCAGACCCAAAAGAACCAUAGCGAAGGAAAUGCCGGUUUGUCCUGUAUAUGUGGAACCGCAGGGGCAUCUAUAUCUUGGACGGCUGGUGGAAAAGCCAUGUGCCCAUCGUGCGUGGAAUGUACAAAGUCUCAUGCAAUGAAUCCGCAAAGCGCCACCGCCAAACAUUACGGGGCAAGCCGGUCCAAUGAGAAACAAGAUGUGAAAGACACCGAGGUGAAGGCCAGUCCAUCUUGGGUAGGUGGAACCACUGGGGAAUCUGUGUCUAUGACUGCUUGGGGCGGGGCCUUGUGCCAGAAUCACAUCCAUCCCGACUGUAAAGUACGCCCUAAAUCUAAGGAGGGUGUCGUGGGCAUCCGGGGGACCAUGACCCGCAGUGAGAUGUCCAUCAGUCUGGUUGGGUACAACAAGGAUACAACGCUGAAGAUCACCUACAACAUUCCUGAUGGCAUCCAAGGGAAAGACCAUCCAAACCCUGGGGGAUCUUUCCAAGGGGGCACGUUCCAUGCCUUCCUGCCUCUGAAUGAAACGACUCUCAAGCUUCUGCCAUGCCUCGAACGUGCCUUUCAUCGAGGCCUCACCUUCAAUGUGAGAGUAGGGGACACUAGGGAUUGUGUGACCUGGGGUAGCAUCCCACACAAGACCAGCAUCGAGGGAGGGUUUUCCAGGAAUGGAUACCCAGACUCAAGAUAUCUCAGAUGCUUAGCUGAGGCACUGAGGUCUCAUGGUAUCGAGGAGGGCUGAAAAACUGCAAUGGAUCAAGACCUGAGAAAAACCUCAAAACUGACCAAACAGCGCUUUAAAAAUGUAAUCAUUAAUUAUUUUUGCCGUACAUUUUCCUAUGUAAACACUAAAGUUAUAUAACAAAAAAAAGUAAGGUUCACAAUACAUAUUGUUCUAUGAAAAAUAGUCACAAUCAGGAAAUGCUCAUGGUAAUGCCUAUGUAAUACAGUGAAGACGCAUAUGUUGAACACAUACUGUAUAUUGGUUGACUCAAAUUAUCAAAAUACAGAUAUCAGUUCAGAUGUCAUUUAGUUCUCCUUUCCAGCUACAGUUCCACUUUCAAAUCUGAGUUGUUUGGGAUGACACUUGGAUUAUACCGGUCUACUGGUCAGAAACAAAGUACCCACACAUUUACCGCAAACUAAAAAGAUCCCCCAAAGAAUGCUUACACUGAUUCGGUCAUGCUCUCCACAGCUCCAGUAUUGCGUUUAUACAGAAUAUUUCAAGGACUGUGUGCAGUACUGUUA